GUACAGUUCACCAGGAUUCUCUACAGUUCGAUCCAGAGAUUGAAAAGACUGUUAAGAAGAAUAGGAAACUUACUAAGCUCAAGAGGCAACAAGAAGCCUUUAGUUCACAAUCAACAAUAGAACCAGAUACGGCAGAAAAUAAUCCACCACCACCUCCUCGUGAAGAGUUGAUGGAUGCGUUCCUCACUCCAAAUUUCACUAGGCCAACAUCAAGUAUAGAGUUGAGGGAGGACCGUGCAACCAAAAAUCACACCCAUAAUUCUGAAAGUGAAAGUGGACCUAGAACUGCAAAUACUCAGGGAGGACCUAAUGCUGAUUAUAAAGGACUUAUUGAAUUUCAUACGCAUAAGCCUUCCACUUUUCGUGGAGAUUAUGAUUCUGAGGCAUUUAUGGAAUGGAUAAAAGAACUUGAGAAAAUAUUCCUAGUAAUGGACUGUCCUAAUACUCAUCGUGUAAACUUUGCCACAUACUUGUUGAUUGGAGAAGCAGAGCAUUGGUGGACAAAUACCAAAAGAUAUUUCCAAAGCCAAGGAACAGAGAUUACUUGGACAAUCUUUAAAGAUGCUUUUUUGAAAAAAUACUUUCCUCAAAGUGUAAGAAACAUAAAAGAAAUAGAAUUCCUUGAACUGAAACAAGGAAACAUGACUGUUGGAGAAUAUGUAACAAAAUUUGAGGAAUUAUCCAGAUAUUCUAAUUACAUACAGAAUCAACCUAAUGAGGAAUGGCUGACAACUAAAUUUGAAUCUGGAUUAAAACCUGAACUAAAAAGUAUGAUAGUAGGACAUCAAAUUAGGAACUUUUCAUCAUUAAUAAACAGGUGCAAAGAUAUUGAAGCAAGAAUGAAGGAGGCCGAGGAAGCAAGGGAGAAAGAUGGAACAGUGACCAUUGUGCCACUGUUCCCACUGUUAUUUACCUAA